AUGGGUCUGCUUUCAACGGACCCCGACCAGUUCGACAUCUAUGGAACCAAGUUCAAAUGGGGACCUUUUCAUCAAUCACCAGAGCAACUCAACCACUACAUUCACACAUACGAUACCGUGGCCGCAGAGGCCCUCGAUGCCCUGGAUGAGAUUGUACCACCAGCAGCCAUAGCGCCCCGGAAAGACAUACAACAAGCCGUUGAGGUGGAAGGCAAGAAGCACAGAGACUUGUUCAAUCUGGUAAAAGAGCAUGCCAAGACAGACAAGCGUGUUGGCAGGCUAUGGGACGAAGUCAAUACCGUGCCAGAGUGGGUGGACUGGAAGCAGAUUGACAGAGGCCAGAAGGUCUUUUGGCGGUAUGGUGGUGCGUCGAUUACAGCUCUUACCUUCUUGUCAUUGCUUGGCGGCAUGGGAAGUGGUAGAACCGUCGAGACGCUGGACCGGACUGGUGGUUUUGGCGCCAAAGCCGUCCGACGGCGUCUUCUCGAGACAACACAGCACACCCUCGGCGUCCACAAGGAUCUCGAGGCCAUCAAGCCCGGCGGUAUUGAAGGCUUUGAGUCAUCUGUGCGAGUCCGACUCUUGCACGCCUCGGUCCGGCAGAGGGUGUUGAAGCUCGCGCGAGAAAAGCCCGAGUACUAUGAUCUCAAAAACUAUGGUGUCCCCGUCAAUGAUCUGGACUGCAUCGGGACCAUUGGCACCUUUAGCUCUACCGUCAUUUGGCUGGGCUUGCCGCGACAGGGCAUCUUUCUUCGAGAGCAGGAGAUACUCGACUACCUCGCCCUCUGGCGCUACGUGGCGUACCUCAUGGGCACGCCGUACGACUGGCUCGCGACGCCCGAGACGGCAAAGGCCAUGAUGGAGUCUCUGCUCGUGUCCGAGGUCAAGCCCACCAAAAAGUCAGGGACCUUGGCAAACAAUAUCAUCACCGGAUUUGAAGGCCAAGCUCCGACGCACGCUUCUCGUGGCUUCAUGAACGCAGUGACCUAUUGGCUCAAUGGGAAAGACCUCAGCCGGGAGUUGAAUAUUGAAGAGCCAACUCUUUACUAUAAGACGCUAGUCCUUGGUCAAUGUCUCUUCUUCAUGGUCUCUGGUUACAUCAACAGAUUGAUUCCGGCAUUGGAUGAAAGAAACCUCGCCCGCAAAGUCCUCUACGACCUUCUAGUCCACAACAAGAAACGCGGCGCUCUAGGUUACCGGACAAAGUUCAACUUCAAGUGGGUGCCAGACCUACAGAGCACGACAACACCGCUCGGUGAGCCCGUGCCGGGGCAGGCACAGAAGUCGGGAAUCAGGCAAAAUGGAGUGGAGCGGACGGCUUUCGCAACGCUUGUAUUCACCGGGGUGGUCCUUGGCCUGGCGGUUUGGGGAGUUUGGAGCGGCUUCCACGCGGUGAGCAGUCUGGCGCGUGGUGGAUCUCCAGACUCGGCUUUUGUCAAUAUUGCAGCACCAAUCUGGGAGUUUGCCAAGCAAGUCAAGGCCUAG